AAGUCAAUGUCAAUUUGCUUUUUUUUAUUCCUUUCGUGUCUGUGUCCAUUUCGUAGGCACAUGUAAUAUUGGUCCGAUUUUAUUUUUAGGUAUUAUUGAGUACUUCAGCUGGUUCAUUAAAUUGAAAUACUGCAUCAAUCAUGCCUUCUGACGCGAAGAAACGUGAACAACAGCGCAAAAAGGACGCAGCGAAAGCCAGACAGGCCGGCAAGAAAACCGAGAUCAAGCCUAAAGCUGAUGAACAGAAUGAUUCGACCAAGACAAAUGGUUUCACUCCAUCAAACGGUGUCACCGGAAUGAGUGAAGAAGAGGCCCUCUGUGCCAAGUUGGAAGCCGAUGCUAGGCUAAAUUCCGAAGCCCGAGCUUGCACAGGCUCCUUGGCAGUCCAUCCUAAAUCGAGAGACGUGAAAAUAUCUAAUUUCUCCAUCACGUUCCACGGUUGCGAAAUGCUGCAAGAUGCUUUGUUGGAGUUGAAUUGCGGAAGGAGAUACGGUCUCAUAGGCUUGAACGGCAGCGGAAAAUCGACCCUAUUAGCUGUCUUGGGCAAUCGAGAAGUUCCAAUUCCCGAGCACAUCGAUAUUUUCCAUUUAACUAGAGAAAUGCCCGCUUCGGAGAAGAGUGCAUUGCAAUGCGUCAUGGAAGUGGACGAGGAAAGGGUUCGAUUGGAAAAGAUGGCUGAGCAAUUGGUAGCUUGCGAAGACGACGAAUCUCAAGAACAGCUUAUGGAUAUUUAUGAAAGAUUAGACGACAUUUCCGCUGACACGGCCGAGGCUAGAGCUGCUAACAUUUUGCACGGUCUUGGUUUCACUCCACAAAUGCAGGCUCAGAAAACCAAAGACUUUAGUGGAGGUUGGAGAAUGCGCAUUGCUUUGGCAAGAGCUCUGUACGUCAAACCACAUUUGCUAUUACUGGACGAGCCAACCAAUCAUUUGGAUUUGGAUGCCUGCGUUUGGUUAGAAGAAGAACUUAGAAAUUAUAAGAGGAUAUUGGUUUUGAUUUCACAUUCUCAAGAUUUCUUAAACGGUGUUUGUACGAAUAUAAUACACAUUAAUAAAAAAAGGCUCAAAUAUUACACUGGUAAUUACGAUGCCUUCAUGAAAACUAGAAUGGAGUUGCUGGAAAACCAAAUGAAGCAAUACAAUUGGGAACAAGAUCAAAUUAAUCACAUGAAAAACUACAUUGCUCGAUUUGGUCACGGUUCUGCCAAAUUGGCUCGACAAGCGCAAUCUAAAGAGAAGACGCUCGCUAAGAUGGUUGCUCAAGGCCUCACUGAGAAAGUAUCCACCGACAAAACGGUCACUUUCUACUUUCCAAGUUGUGGAACAAUUCCACCGCCCGUCAUCAUGGUGCAGAACGUCAGCUUUAGGUACAACGAGAAGAGUCCAUGGAUUUACAAGAACUUGGAAUUCGGUAUCGAUUUGGACACCAGGCUGGCCCUCGUGGGCCCCAACGGUGCUGGGAAGAGUACCCUUUUAAAAUUGCUGUACGGAGAAUUAACUCCAUCGGAAGGCAUGAUUAGGAAGAAUUCUCAUUUACGUAUAGCUCGUUACCACCAACAUUUGCACGAACUUCUGGAUUUGGAUUUGUCUCCAUUGGAGUAUAUGAUGAAAGAAUUUCCCGAUAUUAAGGAAAAGGAGGAAAUGAGGAAGAUUAUCGGUCGAUAUGGGCUUACCGGACGACAACAGGUUUGUCCAAUUAGACAACUCUCUGAUGGUCAGAGGUGUAGAGUAGUAUUUGCUUGGCUGGCGUGGCAAGUACCGCAUUUGCUACUACUCGAUGAACCUACUAAUCACUUGGAUAUGGAGACUAUAGAUGCCUUAGCCGACGCUGUCAGUGAAUUUGAAGGAGGAAUGGUACUUGUUAGUCACGACUUCAGAUUGAUCAGUCAGGUGGCUGAAGAAAUUUGGGUGUGUGAAAAGGAGACUGUUACCAAGUGGCAAGGAGACAUUCUUUCUUACAAAGAUCACUUGAAGUCUAAAAUUUUGAAGGAAGCAGCGAAGGAGGCAGGAAAAAGUAAAAAAUAACAAAACAUAGGAAAUUUUUAAGCAAUACUUUUAUAAGGCAGAAGAAAGAUUAAUUCUUUCAUAUUUUUUAAUUAGAACAAAUUAUUGGAUUUGAAAUAGCGACAGAAAACAUUACGAAAAUUUCCACAUCGAUUUGAUGCAAAAUUUAAAAAUUCGAAUUUUCAAUAAUUGUUUAAAAACGGUUUUCAUCUACAUUAGGCUAAUUUCUUGGCUUGUAGUCGCAAAGCAGUAUUUUUAUUAUAAAAAUAACAUCAGUAAUUAGCGAUUUGUUUAUUUUAGUCGGAAAGUAGCCUAAUUUGAAAAAGAUUAGAAUUAGACUUUUUUUUUAAUUUACGCAACUUCACCCUUUGUAAAAGUAAAAGUUUAUUCAAAUUUACACUCUUGUUAACAAUUUGUGAUUAAUAGGGUCCCUUUGAAACGUCAUUGUGAU